UAAAGCGCCCAAUCUCAGCUCUGAAGUAGCUAGGAUUGCAGGUGUGAGUCACUGGCACCCAGCUGGUGAAGCUAUUUUAAAAGCAAAUUCCAGAAAUAGUGCCAUUUGCUUUGUGUCAUGGGGUUCUUAAGCUUUUUAUUCUGGACUGUUCAAAUACACGCAAAGCGAGGGAGUGCUGUCCCUCCCUUUAGAAGUCACCAGAGGUUUUACAGCAGAUGCCAGACGUCUUUUCUCAUAGAAGCACUUCAGUACAAUAUCACCUUUUAAGUUGAAGUACCAAUGUUUGGAACUGGCAGCGUUGAAGAGGUGAGAAGGAGUAAUGUCAGUUACCAGCCUAUGUGUGGAGGGCAAGAUGGAAAGGAAAACUUUUCAGCUGCGUACUUGAAGUCGGGGUGAAAUUUCCCUUCUGCCACCUGUGUCUGAACACACGGUUUAUGUGCUGCCGUGCCUGCUUACACUCGAUCUCAGGGGUUCCCACUGGAGGUGGUGCUGUGCCUCUUCCCCGACCUGCCCGGGGACAUUUGGCAAUAUCUGGAGACAUGUUGGUUGUCACAUCCCUUGGGGUGAGGUGGGGUCAGGUGCAACUGGCAUGUCGGGAGAGGCCAGAGAGACUGCUAACAUCAGGCAGUGCACAGGACCUCCCCCCCCCACACUCCUACCACAAAAUAAGCAAUUUUCUGGUGUAGAAUUCUGGGACUGGAGCCCCCAGCUUAGGACGUUGGGAGUUGACAUUGCCUUCAGGCCUCUUCUCUGGGGCUCUUUAUCUUGCUGGAAUCUGCCUGGUGAGUUUGACACUUGUUGACAUCUACCCUAACUGUCCAGAAAACUCCAGUGCAAGUACCUUCUACUUGUGCCAGCGAGGAUUAUUUCUGAAGUUUGUGUAACAAAAUCUGUGGAAGUUUAGACUUUGUUUACAAGGAGGCCAGACUCUCUGGGAGGCUGGGAGAUGGGACAAGGAGGCUAGACUUCCUGGGAGGCUGGCGGAUGGGAAAGCUCUUGGAUCCUGGAGAACUUCCAGAAGCAAAGCAGGGCUGGGGCUGUUCCAGCAGGGGCUUACACAUGUGUGCAGACAUGGAGGAGAGAGACCUGGAGCCAGAGGAGGAGAGGGGGUGAAAUGGUUUUUCACGGAGCCUUUUUGAAGAUACAUACAGGAUCUGCAGAGCUGUUGAGCUGUGAAGAGUGAAAACCGAAUGCUGUGGCCCUUGGUGUCCCUAGCCCCAGGUUGGAGGCGGCCGUGUCUGCAAGUCAUUCUUGGGCCUCCAGCUGAGGCUUUCAUGGCAGUCCAGGCUUGGGGUGCCCCGUGGAAUUGUGUGCCUUGUUUCUUGCAGAGUGCUCACUUAGCAAGCGGAUGUGUGGGGUAACAUGUCCAGUGUGUCCGAGGAGAGAAGAAAAAGGCAGCAGAACAUCAAGGAAGGACUGCAGUUUAUCCAGUCUCCGCUGUCAUAUCCAGGGACCCAGGAGCAAUAUGCGGUGUAUUUGCGCGCUCUCGUGAGAAAUCUUUUUAAUGAAGGAAAUGAUGUUUAUCGGGACCAAGAUUGGAAUAGCUCAGUAAGCCAGUACACAGAAGCCUUGAACAUAGCAGAUUAUGCAAAGUCUGAAGACAUUGUGAUCCCUGAAGAAAUCAUUGAAAAGCUACGUGUAAAUCGUAUCGCCUGCUAUUCUAAUAUGGGUUUCCACGAUAAAGUUGUAGAAGACUGCAAUGCUGUGCUCAGCUUAAACGCCAGUAACUGCAAGGCUCUGUACCGGAAAUCUAAGGCCUUAAGUGACCUAGGAAGAUACAAAGAGGCUUAUGAUGCUGUAGCCAAAUGUUCCUUAGCCGUGCCUCAGGAUGAACAUGUAAUAAAACUAACUCAAGAGCUAGCUCAGAAAUUGGGAUUUAAAAUCAGGAAAGCUUAUGUUAGAGCUGAGCUCUCAUUGAAACCAGUUCCUGGGGACGGGGCUACUAAGGCUGUGAACUCUUCCGUGGAAGACAUUGAGCCGGAUCUGUCAACCCCAAGGCACGAAGCACUUCCCAUUGGCUCCCUCCCCUCGUCCGUUCCCAUCAUGCCCUUAACUUCUGUUUUGCCACUGCAAGUGGAGGAGAGCGCUCUGCCAUUGGCAGUGUUGGCGAAUGGAGGGAAGAUCCCCUUACCUAUGACAGAGGCUUUCCUGGACGAUGGGGAUAUGGUGCUCGGAGAUGAGAUAGAUGACCUCCUGGAUUCUGCCCCUGAGAGUGGGGACGCUGUUAUGCCUUCAGCUCUGGUCAGAGGACCCCUCCCGCCAGCCAGCGUCACUCCUAGCUUGCCCUUCUCGGCAUCUCUGCUCGGAACCUUGCCCAUUGGUGCGAGGUAUGCCCCUCCGCCCUCCUUUGCCGAGCUGUAUCCGCCUUUGACCUCAUCCUUAGAAGAUUUUUGUUCUUCUUUAAAUUCGUUUUCAUUGACCGAAUCCAAACGAGAUCUGUCCACCUCAACUUCUAGAGAGGGAACAACGCUUAACAACAGUAAUUCUUCCCUUUUGCUUAUGAAUGGACCAGGAAGUUUGUUUGCUUCUGAGAGUUUCUUGGGAAUUUCAAGUCAACCUAGAAAUGAUUUUGGAAAUUUCUUUGGAAGUUCAAUUACUAAGCCGUCUUCCUCAGUGACUCCGAGGCACCCCCUGGAAGGAACCCAUGAAUUGAGACAAGCUUGCCAGAUCUGCUUCGUGAAAUCAGGCCCUAAAUUAAUGGAUUUCACUUACCAUGCUAAUGUAGAUCAUAAAUGUAAGAAAGACAUAUUAAUUGGUAGGAUAAAGAAUGUUGAAGAUAAAUCAUGGAAAAAAAUACGUCCAAGACCAACAAAAACAAAUUAUGAAGGACCAUAUUACAUCUGUAAAGAUGUGGCUGCAGAAGAGGAGUGCAGAUAUUCGGGCCACUGCACGUUUGCUUACUGCCAAGAAGAAAUAGAUGUGUGGACCCUGGAAAGAAAAGGGGCAUUCAGUCGCGAGGCUUUCUUUGGUGGCAACGGGAAAAUCCACCUUACCGUGUUCAGACUUCUCCAAGAACACCUUGGAGAGUUUAUAUUCCUCUGUGAGAAAUGUUUUGAUCAUAAACCUAGAAUGAUAAGUAAAAGAAAUAAAGAUAAUUCUGCUGCUUGUUCUCACCCGGUUACAAAGCAUGAAUUUGAAGACAAUAAGUGCCUUGUCCACAUUUUGCGAGAGACAACAGUAAAAUACUCCAAAAUACGUUCUUUUCGUAGUCAGUGUCAGCUUGAUUUGUGUCGACACGAGGUGCGAUAUGGCUGCUUACGGGAAGAUGAGUGCUUUUAUGCUCACAGUCUUGUGGAACUGAAAGUCUGGAUCAUGCAAAAUGAAACAGGGAUCUCACACGAUGCGAUCGCUCAGGAAUCUAAACAGUAUUGGCGAGAUGUGGAAGCAACCCUACCUGGAGCUCAGGUACUUGGCAAUCAAAUAAUGCCUGGAUCUCUUAAUAUGAAGAUAAAAUUUGUGUGUGCUCAGUGUCUGAGAAAUGGUCAAGUCAUUGAACCAGACAAAAACAGAAAAUAUUGUAGUGCAAAAGCAAGGCAUUCGUGGACCAAAGAUCGUCGUGCGAUGAGAGUGAUGUCUUUUGAACGUAAGAAGUGGAUGAACAUCCGUCCUCUCCCCACAAAGAAACAAAUGCCUUUACAGUUUGAUCUGUGCAACCAUGUUGCUUCUGGGAAAAAAUGUCAAUAUGUUGGGAACUGUUCCUUUGCUCAUAGUCCUGAGGAACGGGAAGUGUGGACUUACAUGAAGGAGAACGGGAUACAAGAUAUGGAGCAAUUUUAUGAACUCUGGCUAAAGAGUCAAAAAACUGAAAAAAGUGACGAUGUAGCCAGUCAGCCAAACAAGGAAAAUGGGAAGCAAAUCCACAUGCCAACAGAUUAUGCUGAGGUCACCGUGGACUUCCACUGCUGGAUGUGUGGGAAGAACUGUAACAGUGAGAAGCAGUGGCAGGGCCACAUCUCCUCCGAGAAACACAAGGAGAAGGUUUUCCACACCGAGGACGACCAGUACUGCUGGCAGCACCGCUUCCCAACGGGCUGCUUCAGUAUUUGUGAGAGGUACAUGAAUGGCACGUGCACAGAAGGAAACAGCUGUAAAUUUGCACACGGCAACGCUGAGCUCCACGAAUGGGAAGAAAGAAGGAACGCCCUAAAGAUGAAGCUCCACAAAGCACGCAAAGACCACUUAAUCGCCCCAAAUGAUAAUGACUUUGGAAAAUAUAGUUUUUUGUUUAAAGAUUUAAACUAAUAUGUUGGCUUUCACGUAACCUAAUCAGAGCAUUGACCAGAAAACCUGCAAGUGUUCUGAGGCACGUAGCAGAGGGGCCAAGCUUCCUGCUUGUAUGGCGAUACUGUUCCUCCCAGCAGCAACCACAGUAGGUAGAAAAUGGGCCGUUUUAACAGUCUGGCCAAGCUCUCACCGAGCCAUUGGCACCAAAUGGCAAAGUGACCGCUGCCCGGUUGCCAUCUGUUGAACAGACUCUUGGAUGAAGUGUGUUGGAGCAGAGCAUAAGGUUAUGUGGAGGACGAUCCUUUGAGUUGGUCCUUCAGAUAAGAACCAUGACCACAGGGGAAUAGACACUUGGACCAGGAACAGGAUACAUGAUGGAUGAAAUUCUUUACGUGUUCUAGCAGAAUGAAUUGUUUAAUAUAAUAAAGUUUGCUACUUAUCUGUAUGUAGGUUGCUAAAAAGGAUUUUCUUAACUCAGAUUUUAAGCCAAAUAACCAUUUAACACUAGUAUAUGUUAAAUGGGGUAUUUUUCUGUAUUUGUAUGUUUCACUAGAAUAAGGGACCUGAGGAUAACGUGCAUUGAGAAUAUUUUGAAAAUAAUCAAUUGACACAAAUUUUAUUUCUUGGUCUUUUGCUGUUUAAAUGAUUCUGAGAGAUUAAACUUGUACUGUUGGUAUCGUGUAGUGUAUGGACCAAUAUUGCCUGUAAUAAAAGAUUUUAUAUAUAGAUGACUU